AUGGGAUCGGUCGAGCGCCUUACUGAGAGUCUGGAGAAGCCAUCGUUGGACGACCGGUCGUACAGAGUCAUCCGGCUGCCCAACAAGCUUGAGGCGCUGCUGGUUCACGAUGCGGAGACAGAUAAGGCUGCGGCCGCAAUGGAUGUGAAUGUGGGAAGUUUUAGUGAUCCGGAAGACCUACAAGGUCUUGCCCAUGGGUUGGAACACAUGCUCUUCAUGGGGACUACCAAGUAUCCUAAGGAAAACGCCUACAACCAAUACCUUGCCUCUCACUCAGGGUCCUCCAAUGCUUACACUGCGGGCACAGAGACCAACUACUUCUUCGAGGUCUCUGCCACACCCUCACCCAAUGGGGAAGCGUCCAAUGGUCAAUCGACACCCAACGGAACCCUGACCAAUGGAACACCUGCGGCAUCAGAUCCAGGCAGCUCCGAAUCACCUUCAUCCGCUUCGUCGCCGCUGUACGGAGCCCUGGAUCGCUUUGCACAAUUCUUCGUGUCGCCUCUGUUCUUGGAGUCUACACUGGACCGCGAAAUGCGCGCGGUGGACUCGGAGAACAAGAAAAACCUUCAGAGCGACCUAUGGCGGUUGAUGCAGCUAAAUAAGUCUCUCUCUAAUCCCGCACACCCCUACAAUCACUUCUCCACGGGAAAUUUUCAGACAUUGAAGGAGGAGCCUCAGAAACGUGGCCUGGAUGUUCGCGAUGAGUUCAUGAAGUUUUAUGAAAAACACUAUUCCGCAAACCGAAUGAAAUUGGUGGUGCUGGGGCGGGAGUCGUUGGAUGAGAUGGAGCAGUGGGUUUCGGAUUUGUUCGCUAAUGUGAAGAAUAAGGAUCUACCCCAAAACCGCUGGGAUGAUGUUCAAGUCUGGCUGCCGGAUGACAUGUGUAAACAAAUCUUUGCUAAGCCUGUGAUGGAUACCCGUUCAGUGGACAUCUACUUCCCGUUCUUGGACGAGGAGAACCUGUAUGAGUCGCAGCCCAGCCGAUACAUUAGCCACCUCAUCGGCCACGAGGGACCCGGCAGCAUUCUGGCGUAUAUCAAGGCCAAAGGUUGGGCGAAUGGGCUGUCCGCCGGUGUCAUGCCAAUUUGCCCGGGCUCUGCGUUUUUCACUGUCUCGGUCCGGCUGACCCAGGAAGGGUUGAAGAAAUACCAAGAGGUUGUGAAAGUCGUUUUCCAGUAUAUUGCAAUGAUCAAGGAACGCGAGCCCGAGGAGUGGAUCUACGAGGAAAUGAAGAAUUUGGCAGAGGUCGAGUUCCGUUUCAAGCAGAAGUCCCCCGCUAGCCGAUUCACCAGCCGGCUGAGCAGUGUCAUGCAGAAGCCGCUGCCGAGGGAGUGGCUUCUCAGUGGCUCUCUGCUGAGAAAGUUUGAUUCGGAGUCGAUCAAGAAAGCUUUGUCCUAUCUUCGUGCGGACAAUUUUAAGAUGAUCAUUGUUGCCCAGGAAUACCCCGGGGACUGGAACGCCAAGGAAAAGUGGUAUGGCACGGAGUACAAGGUCGAGGAUGUUCCCCAGGAUUUCAUGAUCGAAAUUGGUGCGUCGCUGGGUACUACCCCAAGCACCCGACUCCCCGAAUUACAUAUGCCGCACAAGAACGAGUUCGUGCCUACUAGGCUUUCCGUGGAGAAGAAGGAGGUAUCUGAGCCUGCGAAGACCCCGAAGCUCAUCCGCCACGACGACCACGUUCGUCUCUGGUUCAAGAAAGACGAUCGAUUCUGGGUUCCAAAGGGUACUGUCUAUGUCACGCUGAGAAAUCCAUUGGUCUGGGCCACGCCUUCCAACCUCGUUAAGUCAAAGUUGUACUGUGAACUUGUUAGAGAUGCUCUGGUCGAAUACUCUUACGAUGCGGAACUUGCUGGACUGGAUUAUCAUCUGUCCGCUAGCAUAUUUGGGCUAGACAUCUCGGUGGGGGGAUACAAUGACAAGAUGGCUGUGCUUUUGGAAAAGGUCAUGACGAGUAUGCGAGAUUUGGUGAUUGACCCCGAUCGCUUUCAUAUCAUUAAGGAGCGCCUGUCUCGAGGAUACAAGAACGCGGAAUACCAACAGCCUUACUACCUGGUUGGCGACUAUACACGGUAUUUGACUGCGGAGAGGAAUUGGCUCAAUGAGCAAUAUGCCGCUGAGCUGGAGCAUAUUGAGCCCGAGGACAUUCAGUGCUUCUUCCCACAAAUCCUUCGUCAGAAUCACAUCGAGGUUCUGGCGCACGGUAACCUAUACAAGGAGGAUGCGCUGCGGAUGACUGACACCGUGGAGUCGAUCCUUACUAGUCGUCCUCUACCGCAGUCUCAGUGGCAUGUGAGGCGCAACAUUAUUAUCCCUCCUGGAUCCAAUUAUAUCUACGAACGGGCUCUCACAGACCCGGCCAACGUCAACCACUGUAUUGAAUACUAUCUCUUUAUUGGAGAUAUCAGCGAUGAGGUGUUGCGCGCCAAGCUUCUGCUCUUCGCUCAGAUGACCGACGAACCCGCUUUCGACCAGCUCCGCAGCAAGGAACAGCUCGGAUACGUUGUCUGGAGCGGUGCCCGCUAUUCCGCUACAACUAUCGGUUACCGUGUGAUCAUCCAGAGUGAACGCACUUGCCAGUAUCUGGACUCGCGGAUCGAUGCUUUCUUGACCAACUUCGGAAAGACCCUUGAGGCCAUGUCAGAGGACGAUUUUGAAGGCCACAAACGGAGUGUCAUCAACAAGAGACUCGAAAAGCUCAAGAAUUUGAGCUCUGAGACCUCUCGGUUCUGGACUCAUAUUGGCUCGGAAUACUUUGAUUUCUUGCAGAAUGAGACCGACGCUGCUCGUGUGAAAACGUUGACCAAAUCCGACAUCCUCGAGUUUUACAAGCAGAUGAUUGACCCCGAGUCUUCCACUCGUGGCAAACUCGCGAUUUACCUAAAGGCUCAAGCUGGUGCCGAUGUGGCUGAACCCAAGGAGCAGAAGACACGCUUGGUCACUCUUCUUGGCAAACAACUAGAGACGGCUGGUUUCGCCGUGGAUGAGGACCGCCUAAGCUCCGCCUUCCAGCAAGUCUCGAUUAGCGACGAAGAUCAGAUCCUGCCCGCUCUCAAGACAUUCCUGGGCUCUGAGAUGAGCCUGCCCGAGCAGCAAACAAAACCUGUUCUUGAUCAGCUGGAGCAAAAUCUCGGCUUGCACCUCAAGCAACUGGGUAUCGAGCCCACGAAAAGCACUAGCGCCGGUGGUUCUACCGGUGCUGCUCCCGGUACCAAUGGCGUCGGACACUCCCAAGUACAAGAGCACCCCAUCUACAUCACAAAUGUCACCGAGUUCAAGGCUCGCUUGGGUGUCAGUGCUGGCCCCAACCCUGUCACGGACCUCAGCGAGUUUGAGGAUUUUGAUGCCAAACUCUAA